CUGUCAUUGAUACAACACCAUAUCACCUUUCCUUUCCUUAACCAAUUCUCUCUCUCUCGCUCUCUCUCUGAGUUGAAUCAGUACCUAUCAUUUCAUCAAGUUCAGCUCUUUAAGUCUUCACACAUUCUCAGAUAUAUCUUUCAUGAUCAACGAAACUUAGCAGCAUCAUGGGAACUCCAGUGAAUAUAAUUGUUGGAUCGCAUGUCUGGGUUGAGGAUCCUGAGAUUGCUUGGACUGAUGGUGAGGUCACACAAAUCAAUGGCAGCGACGCCACCAUCGUUACUUCAGAUGGAAAAACUAUUGUUGCUAGCGUUUCUAGUAUAUAUCCUAAAGAUACAGAGGCACCACCAGCUGGAGUUGAUGAUAUGACGAAGUUAGCAUACCUUCAUGAGCCAGGAGUACUUCAUAAUCUUUCCAUCCGUUUUUCUCUCAAUGAGAUAUAUACAUAUACAGGGAAUAUCUUAAUAGCAGUAAAUCCUUUCCGGAGACUGCCGCACUUGUAUGACAUACAUAUGAUGGAGCAGUAUAAAGGAGCAGCAUUUGGAGAGCUAAGCCCUCAUCUUUUUGCUGUUGCAGACACUUGUUACAGGGCGAUGAUUAAUGAUAAUGGAAGCCAGUCCAUUUUGGUGAGUGGAGAGAGUGGUGCUGGUAAAACAGAGACAACGAAAAUGCUAAUGAGAUAUCUAGCCUUCAUGGGGGGAAGAUCUAAUACCGAAGGAAGAACAGUAGAACAACAGGUUUUAGAGUCGAACCCAGUUUUGGAAGCAUUUGGGAAUGCCAAAACUGUCAAAAAUAACAAUUCAAGUCGUUUUGGUAAAUUUGUUGAAAUACAAUUUGACAAGAAUGGAAAGAUUUCUGGAGCUGCUAUCCGCACAUACCUCCUCGAAAGGUCACGAGUUUGCCAAGUUUCUGACCCAGAGAGGAACUACCACUGCUUUUACAUGCUUUGUGCAGCCCCAUCAGAGGAUGUCAAAAAGUACAAGUUGGGGGAUCCUAGGACAUUUCGCUACCUUAAUCAAUCAAACUGCUAUGAAGUAGCAAAUGUGGAUGAUGCAAAAGAAUAUCUGGAGACCAGAAAUGCAAUGGAUAUUGUAGGCAUCAGCCAGGAUGAACAGGAUGCUAUUUUCCGCGUGGUAGCAGCAAUCCUUCAUCUGGGAAACAUUGACUUCAUCAAAGGGAAGGAAGUUGAUUCUUCCAAAUUAAAGGAUGAGAAAUCAAUAUUCCACCUUCGCACUACUGCAGAGUUGCUCAUGUGUGAUGAGAAAGCAUUAGAAGACUCACUUUGCAAGCGUGUCAUUGUUACUCCAGAUGGUAACAUCACAAAACCACUAGAUCCUGACUCGGCUGCUUUAAGUCGAGAUGCUUUGGCAAAGACUGUGUACUCUAGGCUGUUUGAUUGGAUUGUGGACAAGAUAAACAGUUCAAUUGGACAAGAUCCCAAUGCAACAAGCUUAAUAGGAGUCCUUGACAUUUAUGGAUUUGAAAGCUUCAAAAUCAACAGUUUUGAGCAACUAUGUAUCAACCUGACAAAUGAGAAGUUGCAACAACAUUUUAACCAGCACGUAUUUAAGAUGGAGCAAGAAGAAUACACAAAGGAGGAAAUCAACUGGAGCUAUGUAGAAUUUGUAGAUAAUCAAGAUGUUCUGGAUCUUAUCGAAAAGAAACCUGGAGGAAUCAUUGCUCUGCUUGAUGAAGCUUGCAUGUUCCCCAAGUCAACCCAUGAGACAUUUGCCCAAAAAUUGUAUCAGACGUAUAAAGCACACAAGCGCUUUAGCAAGCCCAAACUUGCUCGAACAGAUUUCACAAUUAACCAUUAUGCUGGAGAUGUCACAUACCAAGCAGAUCAGUUUCUUGAUAAAAAUAAAGAUUAUGUUGUAGCAGAGCAUCAAGGCCUUUUAAACGCCUCCAAGUGCUCAUUCGUUGCAAAUCUUUUCCCUCCAUUACCUGAGGAGACAUCAAAGCAAUCAAAAUUCUCUUCCAUUGGUACGCGGUUCAAGCAACAACUACAAUCUCUAAUGGACACAUUGAACACAACGGAACCACACUACAUCAGAUGUGUGAAACCAAAUACAGUUUUGCAGCCUGGAAUAUUUGAGAACUUCAACGUCUUAAACCAGUUGAGAUGCGGGGGAGUACUUGAGGCAAUUCGGAUUAGUUGUGCUGGAUAUCCAACAAAACGAACAUUUGAUGAGUUCCUUGAACGUUUUGGAAUGCUAGCCCCUGAUGUCCUAGAUGGAUCUGACGAGAAAACAGCAUGUGUUGCGAUAUGUGAUAAGAUGGGAUUAAAAGGCUAUCAAAUGGGGAAGGCGAAGGUAUUUCUGAGAGCUGGUCAGAUGGCUGAAUUAGAUGCACGAAGAGCUGAAGUCUUAGCCAGAGCUGCUAGAUGCAUACAGAGACAAAUCAGAACACAUUUGACGAGAAAAGAGUUCCUCACCCUGAGAAAGGCCACAAUUCGUAUCCAAAAAUUAUGGAGAGCAAAACUUGCACGUAAACUUUAUGAGCAUAUGCGGAGGGAAGCAGCUUCUAUCCGCAUACAGAAACAUGCACGUGCACACACUGCAAGAAAGCAUUAUACUUCAUUGCAGGCUUCAGCAGUCGUUAUCCAGUCAGGGUUAAGAGCAAUGGCAGCACGAAAUGAGUACAGGUACAGACGAAGAACAAAGGCUGCAAUCGAAGUUCAGACACAAUGGAGAAGAGUCGACGCUUUUUCUGCUUACAAAAAGCUGAAGAAGGCAACUAUUGCUCUUCAAUGUCUUUGGAGAGCCAGAGUAGCUAGGAAGGAGCUCAGGAAGCUAAGGAUGGCUGCAAGGGAAACAGGGGCACUAAAGGAGGCGAAGGACAAGUUGGAGAAGCGUGUUGAAGAGCUUACCUGGCGACUAGAUAUUGAAAAGCACUUGAGGAUUGAUCUUGAGGAAGCUAAAGGACAAGAAAUUGCCAAGUUACAGAAUGCUUUACAAGAUAUGCAGAGUCAGCUUGAUGAAGCCCAUGCUGCAAUCAUACACGAGAAGGAAGCAGCUAAACUAGCAAUUGAAUCGGCCCCCCCAGUCAUCAAAGAGGUACCUGUGGUGGACAAUACCAAGCUUGAGCUACUGACAAGUAAAAAUGUGGAGCUCGAGGGUGAAGUAGAAGAGCUGAAGAAGAAGAUUGAAGAGUUUGAGGUAAGGUGUUCAGACGUGGAAAAAGAAUCUCAAGAAAGGCUGAAAGAGGCUGAAGAAGCACAUUUGAAAGCGACACAACUUCAGGAGACUAUUGAAAGAUUAGAGUCGAAUCUGUCGAACCUUGAAUCUGAGAAUCAAGUUCUACGCCAGCAGGCUUUGGUUGAAUCAAAAAACGAGGAACUCACCGAGGAGCUUAAAACCCUCAAGGAGAAGAUUGCAAAUCUAGAAUCAGAGAAUGAAAUUCUUCGGCGCCAGCCAGUAGCUGCUGUGGUGCAAAAGGUUUAUCCAGAAAAAAUAGAAAAAGAAGAACAGGAAACUGUUAUUACAGAGAAAAUUCAACAGAAUGCUAUUUCAUAUACGAUAACUCCACAAGUCAUCAAGAAUUUGGAUAACGGAAACCUCACAGCUGAAGAACACCAAACAAGAAAAGAACCAAGACAACCAGUUUCCUUCCUCAUAAGACAAAGAUCACUCACAGACAGGCAGCAGGAAAGUCAUGAUGCACUGCUCAAGUGUCUUGCAGAGGAUAAGAGAUUUGAGAAAAACAGGCCAGUUGCUGCUUGUGUUAUCUAUAAAGCGCUUCUUCAGUGGAGAUCCUUUGAAGCAGAGAAGACACAUAUAUUUGACAAAAUUAUCCACAUAAUCCGAUCAUCUAUUGAGAGUCAAGAAGGAAUCAAUGACCUAGCAUAUUGGCUCUCUACAACUUCAACAUUAUUGUUUUUCCUACAAAGCACACUCAAGGCCAGCAACUCAACUAAGGCAACAUCUCGUAACCGAAACUCCCCUGCUACUUUAUUUGGCAGAAUGGCACAAGGCUUGCUUUCGUCCUCUAUGGGGAUGGGGGUUUCAAGUGGCUACAGUGGAAUGGUGGGCAAGCCAAAUGAGCAAUCCAAAGUGGAAGCGAAGUAUCCAGCUAUUCUGUUCAAGCAACAUUUAACUGCUUAUGUUGAGAAGAUAUAUGGAAUGAUCCGUGACAGUUUAAAGAAAGAGAUCAGUCCGUUCCUAAAUUUGUGCAUCCAGGCACCAAGGUCCAUGAGGACUAAAACAGUACGAGGAUCAUCAAGGAACAUCCACUCAAAUAUAGUUGCAAAACAACAGGCAUCAAAUAUGCACUGGAAAAGCAUUGUCAACAAGUUAGACCAUACCUUGGGCAUAUUGUCUGACAACUAUGUUCCUUCCGUGAUUACAAGGAAGAUCUUUAGUCAGGUGUUCUCUUUCAUGAAUGUCCAGCUUUUCAAUAGUUUGUUGCUUCGCCGUGAAUGCUGCUCCUUUAGCAAUGGAGAGUAUUUAAAGGCAGGUUUGCAUGAGUUGGAACAAUGGUGCAUCAAGGCAACUGAUCAGUUUGCUGGAUCUUCUUGGGACGAGCUCAAACACAUACGUCAAGCUGUAGGCUUUCUGGUCUCGCAUCAAAAGACGCAAAAAUCUUUGGAUGAGAUAACAAGUGAACUAUGUCCGGUGUUAAGCAUUCCGCAAAUAUAUCGUAUUGGAACUAUGUUCUGGGAUGACAAAUAUGGAGCACAAGGGUUAUCUCAAGAAGUAAUUAGCAGAAUGAGAGUGCUUGUGGCAGAAGACUCCAUAAACAUACCAAACAACUCCUUCCUUCUGGAGGUGGAUUCCAGUAUACCUUUCUCAAUGGAGGACAUGUUCCGUUCCAUGAGCGACAUCCGCUUAUCAGAUAUCGAUGUGGAUCCACCCACAAUCCUGAGACAAAGAUCCGACUUCCAAUUUUUAUUGCAGCAAAUGGAUGGCGAGUCUCAUUGAGAUGCUGAAGUUUUGGUUUUGAUGUAAAGCUAUAGUUUUUUCCUUCCCCCUUUUCAUAGAAGAAAAUUUUUGUGUGAACCUGGUUCACGUACACUCAAAGGCAUGGCUUGUUCUGUACAUGGCGGACUUGCUGGGUAGAGCAGCCAGUGAGCGUGCAUGCACCUGCAAAUCAAAGGUUUUUUUUUUUAUUUAAUUUUUUUGGGGUUUGGUGUGGAGAGAGUAAAUUGAGUGGCGAGGAAUUGUAAUUAUUUAUUUUUGCACGCUUCAACCAUUUUUGGGCGAGUUGUAUUCUUUUGUUGAUGUAAAGCUUCCCAUGAUGAUACAAGACCUCAGUGAGAUAUUUCAUUACUGUUGCAUAAUCUGCAAAUAGUAAUACGAAUGAAAUGGAGAAAA